AUGUCUAAAGUACAAGAACGUGUUUGUGUUGGGAGCAAAUGUGCCAAACGAUCUGUUGUUCUAGACAAUGGAAUGGUACGCAUUCAGAAGUUCUGUCAGUCAUCUGAUAUUAGACCUGGUUGUCGAGCAGCAAUUCUUUGGCAAGGACUGCCGGGAGAAGAAUGUGUUUGUGAUGAUGGAGACUUCUGUAACCUCUGCAGUAGAUUCUUGUAUACUCCGGCUAUGUUAGGAUUUCUGUUUGUUUCAUUAUAUGUGAUGGUUACAUUGUAA